AUGCGUUAACUGCCGCAUGCGCUAAGUAACGCAUGAUAGUUAACGCAUACGACAGCAAUUUAGUAUUCCUGAACACCAUGCGAUAAUCGCGAAUCAAGUCGAACGUGUUAACGAAGAGUCUUUGAUUAUUGCAUAGUCUUAACCAAUGAGGAUUGAGAAUACCAAAGAUGGUAUCACUGAAUAUGAGAUAAUUGCCGAAAAUGCAAAAUUUAAAUUGAUUGCAAAUGUCUAAUAAUUUUUGGUUUUUGGAUGUUUUAAGUUUUACGAGAGAUUAUUUGUAUUUUGUAGUUGAGAAUUGGAGUGGUUUAGAUUUAAAAUAUUAAAAAUGGAACAGCGUGGUUCACGAAUAACGGAAAAACAGCGUGAAACUUUAGUAGAGUUUAUGUGUAGGCAUCCAGAGUUGGUGAGUGGAAAAUUUACUAGGACAUUCACAGCAUUAGUUGCUCAAAAAUUAUGGAAAUCGUUGGAAUUGGAAUUAAAUUCAAUGCCAGGUUCCAAAAAAGAUUGGCGACAAUGGCGAAAAUCAUGGCAUGAUAUAAAAUCAAAGGUAAAAACAAAGAAUGCCAAAAUCAAAUCUUACCAGAGGGGAACUGGUGGUGGAGCGGCCAUAAAAGACAUAUUGUCAAAAUGGGAAGAAAAUGUAAUGAAUGUCAUAUGUCCCACAUCUAGUUUAGGUCAUCCAUCUGCCUCGGAAUCAGUUAUUGAGUUUGAUUUUGAAGAUGAAAUGCAGCAAGUGGAAGAAGAACAAGAAGUAGAAGGGAAUGAAUAUAAACAAUUCCAAUUCAUGGAUCAUUCAUAUGUUGAAAAUAUGGAGAACUCCUACACAGAACUUGAAAACCCUAUCGUGGAAAUUGAAAAUCAGCCACCUCUCCCUAAAGGCAAGAUUUAUUUUAUAAAACAAACUUUACAGUUGACAAAUUGAAAUUAAAAAUCACUAAUUAUAAUUAUAGUCUACAAACUACUUGAAACAAACUGAUUAUACUGAUUAACACUGCUAGUCAUUCAGAAAUUGGCGAG